UUCCUCUCUCCCCCUCGAGUUCGCUUUCUUCUCUCAACUGUUUCAUGCAACGCCAUUUCUAGGUUCUUAGUUUCUAACAUUGGCGCUUUCAAUUGCAGUUCUCUGAUAACUCGUCAACAUGUCUGCGACUCCGGCGAAGAAGCUCAUGAACGAUCCUCCCGAUGUUGUGAAUGAAUACAUUGAAGGUCUUGUAGAGACAAAUCCUGGCCUACACUAUGUAGAGGGCUUUCCUCAGGUGAAGGUUGUGUUUCGUGCAGAUAUUCCAUGUGGACAACGAACAUACGAUAAAGUUGCAGUGAUAUCAGGGGGUUACUGCGACAAUGAGCCUGCUCAUGCUGGAUUUGUGGGUGAAGGAAUGCUGACAGCAGCCAUAUGUGGCGAUGUCUUUUCUUCUCCACCUGUUAAUUCCAUUCUUGCUGGGAUACGGGCUGUAACUGGCAAAAAAGGAUGUCUUCUAAUUGUGAAGAACUAUACUGGUGACCGCUUGAACUUUGGUUUGGCUGCUGAGAAAGCAAGAACUGAAGGUUUUGACGUAGAGACUGUUUGUGUUGAGGAUGAUGGUGCUUUACCUCCAUCUCGAGGGAUUGCUAGAAGAAUAGGAUUGGAAGGGGCUGUUCUGGUUCAGAAGGUUGCAGGAGCUGCUGCUGCUGCUGGUCUUUCUCUCGCUGAUGUUACUGCAGAAGCAAAGCACGCAUCUGAAGUUGUGGAGACAAUAGGUGUUGCUUUACAUCCUUGCAAACUCCCUGUUUUGGCUCUAGCAGAUCGUUUGGGGCCAGGAAAGAUGGAAUAUGGCCUUGGAAUUCAUGGAGAACCUGGUGCUUCCGUGACUGAUAUUCAGCCUGUAGAUGAGGUGGUUUCUCAUGUUCUGAAGAAAAUAUUGUCUAAGGAAACAAACUAUGUUCUGAUAACUCCAGGUUCUAGAGUGGUCCUCAUGAUCAAUGGGUUAGGCGCCACUCCUUUAAUGGAACUAAUGGUUGCCGAAGGCAAAGCAGCAGUUCUUAAAUUUCUGGUGGAGCAUGGAAUGGCUGUUGAUAGAGUUUAUACAAGAUCGUCUAUGACUUCUCGAAAUAUUCAAGGUUUCUCAAUUUCUAUGAUGAGGGCUGAUCCUUCUAUUCUCCAACGACUAGAGGCUGAAACUAAAGCUCCUUACUGGCCUGUUGCAGUUGAGGGUAAUCAACUGCCAACUAAGCUUCCUGUUCCAGUUCCACCAUCUCGAUCAGCAAAGAGUAGUGAGGCUGGGUGUGCAACUUACGUGCCUGCAGAGUGUGGACAAUCAUCAGUUCCUAAUCCUGGUUCCUUGGACAUUCAAUGGCAUUCUGCUGUCAAUCAGAGUGUGGACUGGAAGUUCACACUUCUUACCAUUGUCCGGAAGUACAUAGUCACCAGUCCAAAGAUGGUUAAAUGUGUAUUCAAAUACAUUUUAGCCUACAGUUUAAUUGUAGCAGCGGUGUUCAUUUUAAUCUCAAAAUAUAGAAGCUUCAAUUCUGUGAAGAUUUUGCCUACAGUGCUUGCUCUCAGUUGGACAGCAGAGAAACACAAUUCUUCAAUUCCAAGUCCAACUAUAAUGCCAUGGGUGGUACUGGCCGCUGUUUUUAUUCUACUGGCCUUUAUGGUGCGUUCCUCCGGCGCUAAGCAUAGUAAACAUCAAGACGAGUGGGAACUUGGGGCAGAGAUUGAUAAAAGUCACCAAAGAAAUACUAUUUUUGAGGGGAGGUAUCAUGGACGGGAAAUGGCGGUUAAAGUCCUCCCCUAUGCUAAUUUUGAAUUAGCACAAAAAGAGAUGUCCACUCUAAAGAAAGUGGAUUGGCACCCAAAUGUCUUACGGUUUUAUACCGAGAAGGUGGGCAGUACCGCACAUAUGAUUGGAUUAGAAAGGUGCGGAUGCAGCUUAAAACAACUCCUAGGAUACUACAAAUAUGGGAACAAUCCGGGAAACUCACAAUGCAAGGAGUUUUUGUCAAAUCUGAAGAAAGACAUGAAAGUACUAUGGAUUCAGGAUUCUGUUCCCUGUACACAAUUCAUGGCAAUUCUGAGAAACAUUGCUGAGGGGAUCUACGCAUUGCAUAGCGCAAAUAUUGUUCAUGGAAACAUGAACACCCGGCAUGUGUUGGUGACUAAAGAAGGCAGAAGCAUAACUGCAAAGUUAUGUGACUUUGGUAAAAGCCAAGAAAUGGUAGGUGAUGAUUUGAUCAAAGGAAAGUCUCGAGAUAUGUACAACAUUGGAAGAAUCUUCUAUGAAUGUGUGCAUGGAAUAUCCAUCGAUGAGAAACUUAAAUAUGUGGUUACACCUCGCAUGUUUGAUCAUCCCGAAACGACGCUGCUGCUAAAUGCCUUAUUAUCAAAUGUUCCUUCAAUGAGGCCCACAGCGUUGCAGGUCAUCAACCAUCCCUUCUUCUGGGAUGAAGAGAAAAAAAUAAUGUUUCUAAAUGAAACCUCCAACCGGCUAUUCAGGGAACAUUUUAACUCAUUUUCGGUCACUGAACUGGAAAAGUGUAGCCAUAAGGUGUUCAAAACAAACUGGGACAAAUUGAUUGAUGAAAGUCUUUUACACACUGGCCAUGACGGAACAAGCCUCCGGUCCUUAUUAAGAUGCUUCAGAAACGCCUAUCAACAUUAUGACAAAAGUUCAGAAUUGAAGGUUGGAAAACUCCAUAAGGAGUUCUUUGAGUACUUUGGAAAUAAGUUUCCUCAACUGUUCAUGGAGGUGUAUGGCGUUGCUUUGAAACAGUUUAGUAGUGAGAUGCAGUUCAUAAGCUACUUUUAG